AUGCAUGACUCCAGUCAGCCCUGCAUGGAUACGAGCCCAAUCGAGCUCCAGGCAACUCAAAAGGCAACAGCCACUCAAGCUCAGAAGGGUUUGCCCUCAUUUGCACACCCUCGACCCUGUCUUCACGGCUCGCACCUAUGGAUGGCGGAAUUCUUGACAGUGGAGCCUCAGGGGCAGCUUCAAGCCUGUCAACCGAUGAUGCUUGGUUGUGUUUUGUUCUGGCCUGCGACUCCAGAGAAGCAGAGGAACCUACAAGCCCAACACAUCCCUGUAAGGCACGUUGGCCUGCAAAGAGAGAAGCCUGAGCUGCCUGACAAGGUAACUUGA